AUGUUUUUUGUCUUCUCAAGUCUAGGCAUUUCCAGGAUUGUAGGGUCGAUUGUUUCACCUUAUUAUGAUGACUAUGCAGAAAACUCAUUCAGGCCAAUUCCAAUGCAUCCACCACCAUAUUUCCAGGAAGAGAACUACAUUCCAUAUAGAUUGUAUCCAACAUAUCAAAAGAACAAAGCUCAAGAAGAGAACUACAUUCCAUAUAGAUUGUAUCCAACAUAUCAAAAGAACAAAGCUCAAGAAGAGAACUACAUUCCAUAUAGAUUGUAUCCAACAUAUCAAAAGAACAAAGCUCAAGAAGAGAACUACAUUCCAUAUAGAUUGUAUCCAACAUAUCAAAAGAACAAAGCUCAAGAAGAGAACUACAUUCCAUAUAGAUUGUAUCCAACAUAUCAAAAGAACAUAGUUCAAGAAGAAAAUUUCCCAUUUAGACCAAUCCCUAUUCAUCCACCACUAUAUUUUCAGGAAGCCAACCAUAGAUGGAUGAAACUAAAACCAAUUUGUGAAAGGAAACUUCAGAACUCUCCAAUAUAUUGGCCAAGAAGAGACCCAAUGCUCAGGCCACCAAUGAUUUAA